CGGACACGGCGGCCGACAAUUCCACUUGUUAUAUAUGUACUUGCACUCAUAAUGUAUAGCUAGCUCUUGGAGUAUAAAGUACGGAGAAAAUCUACGUUCAUUUAAAGUAGAACACUUUCUUCGACUCUCUUUCUUGAUCAUCCUCGGUGGCAGGUAACCUCAUAGUUUCAUUUUACAUUUGCACCACGCAACGGACACAGCGCCAUGCCCUCGAAGACAGUCGUGAUCAUUGGCGGCUCGUACUCCGGCAUUGGGGUGGCUAAGGCCCUUCUGAAGAGCUCGCCAGGGGUAAAGAUUGUUAUAAUCGACCCAUCAGACAGGUUUUACUUUAAUAUUGCAGCCCCUCGUAUUCUUGCCAAACCCGAAGCCUUUAGCCCCGACAAAUACCUCUACCCCAUCACCACUAUCUUUCGAGGGGCUUCGAAGGACUCCUUUGAGUUCGUGCAAAACACCGUUAGCCAAAUCGAUACAUCGUCGAAAGUCGUCACGACCUCUAACGGCAUAAUCAGCUAUGAUUAUCUCGUCAUUGCGUCCGGCAGCUCCUCUCAAUCGACCAAGGGAGAUGGUGUCUUCGCGCCCUUUAAACCCACCGGGGUUGAUUCCAGAGCAUUCCAGGUUCAGAUUAAAGCUGCUCAGGACACGGUUGCCGCGGCAGAAAGUAUCAUAAUCGGCGGUGCUGGACCCCUUGGAGUUGAGAUAGCCGGGGAAUUGAGCGAUACCUCCAACCACAAAAACAUCACUGUCAUCGCCUCUAGCUCCCGCAUUCUGCCCAUGCUGAAAGAGGGCCCUAGUUCGACAGCGGAGAAGCUCCUCGCCAAGAAAAACGUCAACAUUGUCAAGGGAGCUUCAGUCAUCGGGGCAUCGCAGAAUGGCACCAAGUGGAUUGUCAAGCUGAGCACCGGCAAGGAAAUGGCUGCGGACGCGUACAUUGCUACCACCGGUGUAGUUCCAAAUAGCAGCUUCAUUCCCUCGGAAUACCUAGUAAACGGCUGGGUGAAUGUUGACCCCCACCUGCGCGUUGCCACGCCCGGUAACCUGUCUCAGCGUCCACAGGGGGUUUAUGCCGUGGGUGAUAUUACCAUCCAUUCUCCUCGGACUCUCAUCAAAGCCAACGAACAAGUUCCGGUCGUCGCAGCAAACAUCAAGGCCGAUAUUGACGGCGGCCCAAAGCUGAAGACUUACAAUGCCGCCGCAGGUAGUAUCAUGAUGGCUGUACCGGUGGGUGAGAACGCGGGUACAGGCCAAGCGUUUGGCUGGACUAUCUGGGGUAAGCUUGUAUCAAUGAUGAAGGGCAAAGAUUUCAUGAUUUCGAGAGCACCUGGAAUGAUUGGUAUUAGUUCAUGAUUCCUUUUUAUUGGCUUUGGUUAUUAUUAAUUAAUAUUCCCCUCCUCGUCGUGUAUGGUUAAGGAAGGGCCUUGUUGAGAGAGUGUCUUGUUUCUCCAUAUAUAUAUAUAUAUAUAUUUUUUUUUUACAUAUGUAUAUAAUAUUUCUUUUUUGCUUUAGCUAUAGG